UUUUCUUCACCAGUGAAUUUCCACAUUUAGAAAAUUGUGAGCGAACUUUUUUCAGCAAAGAAAAAAAUACGACAAAGCACCAUCGUCAGAAUACUCAGCUACCUAUCAUAUACAAUAAAAUCUUCAUUAAGACGAAUUUUAUUUAAAUUUUUUUGCCUAUGGCUCAGGAUUACAUCAGAGAAAUAUGGCAAAAGUUCAAUCAGCACCGCUGUAGCAAUUAUCUUCUCUUCUUCUUUCAGAUUUGCUUCAUACUUCGAGCCACAAGAAUCACUUGACAACUGUAGUGUGGCAUUUGCUAGCUUGGGUGACGCCGUAUAUGCGCUGACAGAAUCGCCAAAGAUGAUAAGAAUCGACAUCGACACUCUUGACAAUAUUGAAAAGGUAGAUAUUCGAGACCACCUUAAGGUGAGUCUUCACACCUAUUCGGCUCAUUUUCAAUCUGAUGCAGAUGGGAAUCUUUACAAUAUUGGUAGCAUGUUUGGUGCAUCGUCGAAAUAUGUCUUCGCUAAGACAACAAAUCCCUCAAAAGAAGCUGCGAAUGGCCAUAGUUUUGAAAACACCGAGCUAAUUGGUAUGGCAUCGGCCACAGAUUCUUGGGCACCAGCAUAUUAUCAUUCAUUUGGUAUCACUGAGAAUUACUUUGUACUAUUCGAAAGCCCUGAAAGACUGAACUUGAAGAAGCUAAUGUUCAAGUAA